ACUUUGAACUCCAAAAACGCGAUAUGUGUUUAAAUCAUGUGAUAAGUGGACAUUUCCGAGUGAGAUAAUGUGUCGGAUUAUUGUUGCCGUGUCAGAGACGUUGAGUUGUUAGUCAAGUCCACCACGCACGAUUAAAACUAUCGACAAAGGGUAGCGGUUGGUGCUGGCUUAUCUUCUGCAUCAUCAUUACAGUUGACAUUCGCGAGAUGUCUGGCUCUGCUUUGCGUUACUGUAACAAAGUUGUGAUUGUAACUGGGGGCUCGAGGGGGAUUGGCAGAGGUAUUGUCAAAGCCUUUGUGGAGAAUGGGGCAAAAGUUGUGUUUUGUGCCUUGGAAUUGGACACCGCUAAGGCGCUAGAGGCGGCGCUCAACCAGGCUGGGCCAGGUUCAUGUCAAUUCGUGUCGUGUGACAUCUCAAAAGAGGAAGACAUCAAGCAAAUGAUUACUGUGACAGUUGAGCAGUACGGUCAGAUAGACUGUCUGGUCAACAAUGCCGGGUGGCACCCGCCCCACAAAACCACGGAUGAGACGACAGCAGAUGAGUUUAGAUAUCUCCUCAACCUAAACCUUAUCAGCUACUUCCUGACGUCUAAAUAUGCCUUGCAUCUGCGAGAGCGCCAGGGAAACAUCAUUAACAUAUCCAGCCUGGUGGCCUCCAUAGGCCAGAAGCAUGCUGUACCUUACGUAGCAACCAAGGGGGCGAUCGUUGCCAUGACCAAAGCUAUGGCAGUGGAUGAGAGUCGCUAUCAAGUCAGAGUCAACUGUAUUUCUCCCAGUAACGUGAUGACGCCACUAUGGGAGGAGCUGGCAGGUCACGCAGCGGACGCUGCAGCUACGAUAAGGGCGGGAGAAAACGCCCAGCUUAUUGGUCGGAUGGGGACCGAGGUUGAGAGCGGACUGGCAGCGCUGUUUCUGGCGGCGGACGCCACCUUCUGUACAGGGCUAGAUCUGCUCCUGAGUGGAGGAGCUGAGCUCAACUACGGAUUUAAGAGUCAGGUCCCAUAAGAUCAGAACUGUUGCAGCCUAGCUACUCUGUCUCAGGUUACCAAACAACUUUAUUUUUGAUAUGGAAAAUCAUUAUUUGUGAUUUUGACAUUAAAUAAAAUGCAUUUUAUGAUGA